AUGACCUCGAACGAUGUACGGGACAUCCUCUCGCUUCCCGAGAGGUCGAAUUCUCGACCCUCCUCUUCCUCGGCGCACGCACCCGGUUCAUCCUCUCGCAACCGCAAAGCUUCCAGCUCCCACAACAACAACCCGCACCCAUCUGCAGCGGCAUCGGCCUCGCGGCAGAAGCCCAAAUAUGACGGCAUGACCCGAGAGCUCUUUGCGCUGCUCGGCGACAAUGCGCCCACCCUUGCCAUGGCACACGGACUGGACGCCGACGGCAAAUCAGGGACGGGGAUGGGCGCGCUAUUCAAGCCCAAGUUCAAACGCAGAAAGGAGAAAGUUAGGCAGUGGAAGUGGACGCCCUUCCUCAACUCGGCUCGUGAAGACACGCAGAUCGACGACGAAAUGCCUGAGAUCAAUCACGGACUUAUACUGCAUCACUGGGCCCCCGCGCGUUCAUCGACGAUAUCGGGGGCAGCGGCGGCGGACGGAACGUCAGCCGAGGCUGACGACGCAGAUCUUGAGACGAGAUACCAGUACGCAGAUUUCAACACCACCUCGGGUGUCUAUAGCUACUCGAUCGACGAAUACAUCCAGCAUCUGCGCGACGACGAUUGGACCAAAGAAGAGACCGACUACCUCAUGGAACUGUGUGCAGCCUACGAUCUGCGUUUCGUUGUCAUUCACGAUCGAUACGACUGGGCUGCUGCACAGACCGAAUCCCUCGCUGCCUCCGCCUCCGCAGUCCUCCAACCCGCCAAAGAAAGAAGCAUGGAAGACCUCAAAGCGCGCUACUACGCCAUCUGCAGGCGUCUUAUCCGCUCGCGCAUCUCGACCGACGACGUCGACACGCGCCAAAUGCUGCUGAGCACGUAUGCGUUUGACAAGCAGCGUGAGGUGGAACGCAAAAAGGCGGUGGCACGGCUGUAUACACGCACGCCGGAACAGUUGGCGGAGGAAGAGGCGCUGUAUGUCGAGAUACGACGCAUCGAGCAGAACGAAGCCAAGUACGCCUCCGAGCGCGAAGAGCUGCUGCGGCUGUUGGGCGGAUGGGAGAGUCUGCCUAGUUCGAGCCCACACGCUGUGGCGGCGGCGGGGUCCGGGAUUGCGAGUCUGCUGGGGAGCGAGGAGGAUGCGUCGGGCAAAGGUCGGGCUGGGGGCGCUAACAAGAAGCGCAAGCUGCAGCUUGUUGAGGAAGCGGGCACGCCGGGUGCUGAGGAUGCGGCGAGCUCCACGGGUACUCCUGCGACGACGGCACGUCCGUCGGCGGCACUCACUUCGAAGCAGCGUGCAGAGAUGCGACAAGCGCAAUUCGACGAGAUGCAGUGCAUCGUUCGGUUCGCUUCCAACGCUGCCACGCCCACGACGGACCCGUUGACCGGCGCUGCCUCCGGUGCUGCUACUGGUAGUGCGGGCAGCUCGUCCACGCGUCCGCCAUACGCACACCUCGUUGGCACAGCUUCCACCCUUCCCCCCGUCACCACCAACCCGUCUAACCCCACCUCGGGCCACGGCGCCUACCUGCGCUCCUCCCGCAUGCUCGCACCGCGGCCCAACCUGGUGCUCAAGACGACGCAAACGCUUGCCGAGGGCGACCCACAAGUCGGCCCGCGUCUCAUUUUCCCUACGGCGAAGAAUGUGGAGAAGUGGGAGAACCUGAUCGGAGCCGUGACGACGAGUUUGGAGAUGCGCAAGCAGUUGGAGCGCGUGAAUGCCGAGCUGAGGAUUGCCAAGCAGAGGAUCGCCGCGGCGCUGCAGAGUAGCGGCAAGGGCGGCGGAGAGGGGGAGGAGAGGCAGGGGUCGGUCGCGGCGACGUCCGCAGCUGCGGGCGGCGCGGAGGCGGAGACGGAGACGGAGACGGCUAACUCGCCCGUGAUCGGGGGAGAGGCUUCAACGGGGUCCGAGGUGGCCGUCAAGACGGAAGAUCGAGCUUAA